CGCCUAAUAGGUAAUUCCCUCAUUGAUAUUAGAUUUGACAGAUAAGGAGCACAACAAAACAUCAAGAUUUGUGCACAUGAUCAAGGAACAGAACACUGAAAAAGUGAUAAUCUGUUAGGGUUAAUCCCUUAGUUCAUGAUAACAUGGUGGAACCUAUAUUUGAUUUUCAGUUUAGACUGAUUUUGAUAGGAGACAGUACUGUUGGGAAAUCUUCACUGCUAAAAUAUUUCACAGAUGGCAAAUUUGCUGAAGUUUGUGAUCCCACUGUUGGUGUCGAUUUCUUCGCUCGACUGAUUGAGAUUCAGGAUGGAGUUCGUGUCAAGCUGCAACUUUGGGACACGGCAGGACAGGAAAGAUUUAGAUCUAUAACAAAGAGUUAUUACAGGAAUUCAGUUGGAGUCUUGAUAGUCUAUGACAUCACGAAAAGAAGUAGCUUCGAGCAUCUUGAAGAUUGGAUAGCCGAGGCCAAGUUUUAUAUUGAGCCGCAUAAGGCUGUGUAUCUCAUUGUUGGUCACAAAUGUGACAUGGAGGAGCAGCGGGCUGUUACCCCAAAGGAGGGGCGACAGUUCGCUAGGAAGCAUGGACUCGAGUACUUAGAGACGUCGGCCAUCACUGGCCAAAACGUGGAGGAAUCGUUCAGUGGAGUUGCGCGGGAAGUCUACAGGCUGAUGGAGCGAGGGGAAAUCCAGAUCCAAGAGGGAUGGGAUGGCAUUAAGAAUGGAUACUCGAGGCCUAGGGAGUCGUUUCAGUUGGAGGAGGGAGAACCUGAGUCUGGAGGAUGCUGCUGAUUUUAUGACAUUCUAGUUUUAAAGAAAUUCAGACUGUAUGUUUCAGAGUCGAAAUUCUCACACCUCAAUGGAGAAAGAUGUGUUUUGGUUUCAUAUCAUUUGGAAAUGGGGAUUAUUUAACUGAUUUGGUUUUAACAAAAUAAAGAUUAAAUUUUAAGAAAAUGAUUAUAUACUCAAGCUUUGAAUGUAAGUGCCGAUUAUGGUUAAAUACUGAACAAAGGGGCCUUUUCUGAGUCGGGAAAAAAACAAGCCAAAGUGUCAAUAAUAGUUCUGUGUUAUGUCUUGUUUCCUGCUAUGAAUCUCCAAUGUGCACACAUGUAGGCUACAAGAUAUUCAAAGUUACAGUACACUGCCAAAUGUAUUCUCUUCUUCUGUUGGAGUUAUUCUCUCCUAAUAUUCUUGACAAAUUAGUGUAGGUACAUAUCUUGACAGUCUUUGGUUAGGCAGGUCAGUUUUCUCAUUAUACUAUGCAUAGCGCUUUUAUAGAAAGCCUCAAUUCUGCAUGAGGUAUCUUUUUGGAAGGUCAACAACAAGACUCCAUCUUUAGUAAUCCUGGUUAUGCAAUAUUCCUUCAAAAACAAAACCAGCUUCCUAAAUAUUUUCUUCUGAAGCCUGAAGCUUGCAUAUUGAUUGUAUCAUAUUUUGCUCAGUAGGCUUGUUGUUUGGUAGUUUACUCUAGAGACUAGAAAGCUUUGAUUAUUCAGUACUUUAAAAUGCCUGUGUGUCCAUUUUUCAGAUUAUUCUGUAGUUUGAAAAGAUAAGAUGCAUGAAUAUGUACAAUGAACAUGUUGCCUGCUAAGCCUAUGUGCGAGUAAUGCCUAACAGUUUUGUUGCUUUGUUUUGUCCCUAUAGAAUUAUGAUACACUGUUUAUAUUAAUAUAAUGAUGCAGUCAUUUUCUUUACCCUUAGCUUCUGGUGAUUUGUGCUGUCUAAAGUGUAUUUGGUACAAUAUUAGCCCCUACCAUGUAGAAAGCAGCUCGAAGUGCAUAUUUAAAUGCACAUAGAUGUUAUUAUUUUCUUACCUUUAAACAAACCUGUCAUUAUAAUAAUACGGAAUAAUACACAAUUUUAAAAAUACUCAAUUCGGGAGGACAGAGGAAAACUGGGUGAACAAUACCAGGAAUCUUUAACUUUUCAAAGUUUUCAUUUAAGUGAAACAAGAUUGGUACAUGUCAAUCCUUUUGUGUGUUUUUUUGCUGUUUGGCUAAUGGUCUUCGGUCUUUAUGGUCAGACUUUCCUCUGUCCUCCCAGGCAAUUAUGAAAAGUAAAUUUAGAACUAAUGGGCUUCUUUUUCUGUACGAUGCAUAAAAGUCUUAUUUACUGGUGCUGAUUUUAUAACUUUAGUCAACUGUAGCAUUAUUCCUGGUAAACCGUCUUUAUUUUCUAUUUAUAGAUGUGUAUAUAAGUGUAUAUAGUUGUUUUUUAGACUUGUGUUCAUAUUUGUAUGCAUACUGUACAGCUGAGUAGAUUUUGCAGUGAGUUUGUAGUUUGACUUGAAAUGAUAAAGCCUUGGGUAAAAAUUCAGAAUCGUGAGCUAAAUUUGCAAUAGCUUUGUUAACAAAUGUGGGUUUUUUAACCUUAGGCCAUGGUUUGAUACACAACCUCCAAAGGCUGAAGAAAAAGUAGAUUUUUCAAGUCUGUGUCUCAUGGCCAUGUACUGCACAUCCACCCUCCUUUUACGCUGCAAUGUACAAGCUUAUUCAUUUCAUUAGAAAAACACAACAUGAGGUAUUGUAACAGUGCACUACCAUUCUACUUGUACAUAGUUGUAACCUAGUGAUGUACAAGCUUAGGCAAUUGGCUGGAGAUGCAAAUCUCUUAAUCCUUUUCACAGCCAUUAGAGGUCCCCAGAGUCAUUACUAUACGAAGUCAUCGUUUUAUUCCCCAAUGAGUUGCACUCUAAAUGUUGAUAGACGCUCUUGUCAUUUUAUCGAUUUAUUGGCGAGUGCAUCCCAGCACUAAUGUUGAGAAUCUAGUAGUAUAGAUCAAAAGCUGCAAUUUCAAGAAAUCUACACCACUAUGGUCUCGCAUGUCGGUGUCAAUAUCUUAAUAUGAUCAAGGUGUAGAACUAUUAUGCUCUAGAAUAUUAAAACAUCGAAUUUUUCUUCAUUUGAGAUCUUAUUAUGCAUCCCUUUCUCGAAGGCCAGGAAAACUUGUAGGUACAUUAACAAGAGAUAUUGACAGCUGAGAUUUUCUUUGACACGUUUUAGGAUUGUAGGUUAUAUUGGGUGGAUUGCUUCGAGGAAUCUUUUGGGUAGAAACAAUUAAUGUUUUGUAGUGUUUAAUAACAUCAUCAUGCAAGUUAACACUUCAUCUAAUAACUAUUCAUGAUUUAAAUUAAUAAAUUGUAGCUUCUCAAGUAACGUUAACCUUUGUCAGACAGAGUUGAUAUUUUGUUGUGGUUGAAAACAGAUAAUUUUGGCUGUACUUGUAUAUUAGAAUAGAUCAUUGUUGAAAAAUUUCUUUUGCUCACCGUUAUUUUCUUGCUAUGACAAAAGUGCUUAUCCUUCACCAGUGCUCUAUGAACUGACGUCAGACGAUAUUUUUGCUCUCGUAUACCUUCUGAUGUCAAUGCUUGAAGAUGAUUACUCCCGUAGCCUAUUUCAUUUUAAUACCCAGGUAUUUGCCAUGACAAAAACCAAGGGUGAUAGGCCUGCUGGUCCUAGGGUAAUUGUAUACUUUGUCUUCUUUGGUAUUAUGGGACACCCUGUGGUUCUCUAUAUAAUAUGAUGUAGAAGCUGUGCUCCUUAAUUCUGUUUUCACGAAGAGCAUUCAGUUACCAGUAGACUAGUAUCCAAAAAGAAAUAAGCUAUUUGUGGAUUUGCAAAGUGGAUCACAAUAGUUUACUGUAGAGAUAACAACCAGCCAGCUUCAUUCUAAGGUUUCACAGUUUGCUUUCAUAAGUUUGAAUGUGGGGAAUAUUAGUUUUAUCAAUUGUGUACCCUGCUAUGUUUAGAAUUUGUUUACUUUGUAUCAGGUUUUAUUAAAAGUUUAGUUUUUGCUACUAAUGUGUAAAUCUUCUGGUUAAGAUAUGUUGAUGCUGCAAAUCGAUGUAGACUUGAAUGUUAAAAGCUUCUGUGAUACAUAUUUGUAUGCAUUGUAACAUCCAGUGGCUAAUAAAGUUAAUUUGCAUGGA